AUGAGUGAACAGGAGAUUGAUAUUGAUUUUCUCAUAUCUUUGGUUCAAGAAAGACCCAUUAUAUGGGAUAAAUCACACGAACACUACAGUGAUAAAUUUCGUAAAGCGAAUGAAUGGGCAGCUGUUUGUAAAAUAAUAUUUCAAGAUUACGAGGAAUUUGAGGACCAAAAAAAGAACAAGAUUGGUAACGAGAUCGUGAAAAAAUGGAGAAGCGUGAGGGACAACUUUUUUCGAUAUGUAAAAAAAUUAAAAGAAAACAGUUCGUCUGGAUCAGGGGCAAAACAAUUUAAAAAAUAUCAUUAUUACAAUCAGUUGCAAUUUUUGUUGAAAAUUGCCCAAAAUAAAACUGACAGUAGCCUUAAAAACGUGCCUGAUGAAACGGAACGAAACAAAAACACAACAUCAUCUUCUCCAUCUCAAGAAAUGUCCUCGUUACCCCCAGGACCUUCUCGCUACGUGCCUGCAAGCCGCAAGAGAUCAAACCAAGCAAUAGAUGAUUUCGAGGCGCAAACAUUAGAAGCGUUGCAUGAGACAGAAAACCGCCACUUAUCAUUUUUCAAAGGAAUUUUGCCUUCUUUGGACGGCUUUACGGAAUUACAGACUUUGACAUUCCAAAGCAAAGUUAUUAAUAUCAUUACCGAAAUGCGGUUCGGGGAACAGACUCAAUCAACACCAUUGCAUGUUGCUGCGACGCUCUUGCGCUGCGACAUCGUGCAUCGUCGCAACGCAGGUGUGGCAUACAAUGCGCUGUUCCGUUACGACGACGCGACGCAACGCAUAAAUGGGGCUUCGCUCAUAGAAGUUAACGAGUACAUCUUUUAUGCAGGAUACCCACAAUACGUGUCAUUACACCAAGAAAUCUUGAGUGAUUUACUAGACGUGGCAGGGAGUUCUAGCUGGAAUUAUGAACAACCGGAAGAUAACCACCCUGUGCGUAGGACAACCGGAGAUGGGGAUGGAAUCAGAUUUACCACUUUAAUACAAGGACAAGAGUAUCCUCCCAUCUCAUGGAAUAAGGACCCCGACUUCGUAUAUUCUAUACAGGCUCUUCUGGAUACUCCAUCUAUCACAAGUGAAUUUGAACGUAUGCAUCGACAAUUAAAAACUGACUUGAUGUGUCAUGCCGCUGACCCGGCGGCACAGGCCGCCGGGUCAACGGCUUUGGUGUUUGGUCUCAACCCGCCGGCCUCAUUUUGUACAAUCAUGCCGUCGCCGCGCGGGCAAGCCGGCGGGGCAGCAUGCCGAUGCCGACGGCAUCCCUCUCUCACUCAGUUGCCCGCCGGCAUUCAUAGAGCAGUGACGUAUCACUUGUUUAUUCUCUGUUGUUGUGAAGUG